UUGCAGGAAGCGACGGCUAGUGUGCGGAGGAAUGUUAUGCUGGAAGCGGAAGUGGCCGGGAGAGGAGCACAGAGACGAUGAACAACAAAUUUGAUGCUCUGAAGGAUGAUGACAGUGGGGAUCAUGAUCAGAAUGAGGAGAACGGCACACAGAAAGACAGUGAGAAGGAAAAAAACGACAAGGACAAGAACCAGAGUUCAUGCAGGAAGAAGACCGUUGUGCCAGGCCCAGCAGAGCACCCGUUACAGUACAACUAUACAUUUUGGUAUUCCCGCAGAACUCCAGGAAGACCAACAAGCUCUCAGAGCUAUGAACAGAACAUCAAGCAGAUUGGUACCUUCGCCUCCGUGGAGCAAUUCUGGAGGUUCUACAGCCACAUGGUACGUCCAGGUGACCUGACCGGACAUAGUGACUUUCAUCUUUUCAAAGAAGGCAUCAAACCAAUGUGGGAGGAUGAUGCAAACAAGAAUGGAGGAAAGUGGAUAAUCCGCCUGCGCAAAGGGCUGGCUUCUCGCUGCUGGGAGAAUCUCAUUCUAGCAAUGUUGGGGGAGCAGUUCAUGGUUGGCGAAGAGAUCUGUGGGGCAGUUGUCUCAGUUCGUUUCCAGGAAGACAUCAUCUCUAUCUGGAAUAAAACAGCAAGUGACCAAGCAACUACAGCUCGGAUCCGGGAUACGUUACGGCGAGUUUUGAACCUGCCUCCAAAUACAGUUAUGGAAUAUAAAACACACACAGACAGUAUCAAGGACAAGACAAGUUUCCGAAACACAAAAAUUGCGUUAUGAGAGAGAGUUGUCAACCUCCAUUUUGCUUUGUCUGAGUUCACUUCCGGACAGUAUUCUGCUUGUGUUCUAGUGACACCCCUAACCCAUUCAUUGCCAGGGAGCCUAGCAAUCCUCCACCAGGGAUGUGGGUGAGAAUGGCCUUCCUGUCACUCUGCUGCACCAGCCCUCACUUUGUAUAUAACGUACAACCGCCACUUCAUUGGGGAGCAAGAAAAGCACGAAAAUGUUACGUUUCUUUAAUACUCUUAUUUCUGGUUUUAUUUUAUUUUUUAAAGGGAUAGCGGAUAAUUCUCAUGAAAUAUAUAUAUAUAUAAUUUUUUUUAUUUUUUUUUUUAAACUAUUGUUGACAUGUAACUUGUGGUGACUCCCAUGUGGAAGGAGUUAAAUGCUUUCAUCCCCACAUUUGCCUUGUAAUGUUUCUUCAGCACUUUGUUAGUUUCCUUUCAUGUUUUACGCAAAGGAUUUUGUCUGUGUAUGAUAAUAGUAAUCAUCACCUUAUCAGACCCAUCAGCUUUAUGAGCAUGGGUGUAGGAGGUCUAACCUUCAUUUCAGCUCUGCCAUUAAAAUAUUGGGUCUUUC